AUGGCGGGGAUUAAAGUGACUGCGGAGAAGAAGAGCAAGAAGAGAAAGGAGGAGACGGCCGUUGGGGUGGAGAAGACGAAGAAGGCUAAAAAGGAUGUGACUAAAGAAGACAAAAAAAAAUCGUAUGUUUUGGCUGUGCCGCGCCAAGUGCAACUGAAGGAGAAGGAUGCGGACAUUGCCGCCAAGGAUGCGAAGCGUGCUGCGAAGGAUGCGAAGAAUGCGAAGAGUGCUGCGAAGGAAGUGAAAGAAACGAAGGAGGGCAAGACGAAGAAGGAGAAAAAGGGGAAAAAGGGGACGGAGACCGCGGAAGUUACGGAGAAGAAAGAAAAGAAGGAAGCUCAGAAGGGGAAAAACGGUAAGGAGACUACGGAAGUUACAACGAAGACGGAAAAGAUGGAGACGAAGGAAGAUAAGAAGGGGAAGAAGAAGGAUAAGAAGGAGAUCAAGCACGUGGUAGAGGAGAAGAAGAUUAAAGACGUGAAGUCUGAGAAGAAGGGAGCGACGGAGGGGGAGAAGGGGAAGGAGAAGGGGAAGGGGAAGGGGAAGGGGAAGGGGAAAGAGGGAGAGAAGGCUGGCAAGAAGGGAGAGAAGGGCAAAGAGGAGGCGAAGGAGGAGAGCAGUGAUGAGGAGAUGGAAGAGGCGAGUGAGGAGGAGAGUGAGGAGGAGGAGAGUGAGGAGGAGGAGGAAGAGAAGAAAGUGAAGAAGGAGGAGAGUAGUGAGGAGGAGGAGGAGAGUAGUGAUGAGGAAGAGGAGGAGAGUGAUGAGGAGGAGGAGGAAGAAAAGAAAGUGAAGAAGGAGGAGAGUAGUGAGGAGGAGGAGAGUAGUGAUGAGGAAGAGGAGGAGAGUGAGGAAGAGGAGGAAGUAAAGAAAGCUGUGAAAAAGGAGGAAAGUAGUGAGGAGGAGAGUAGCGAUGAAGAGGAGAGUGAGGAUGAGGAAGAGAGUGAGGAGGAGGAAGAGAGUGAGGAGGAGGAAGAGAAGAAAUUUUUAAAGAAGGUAGCAGCAAAAGAGGAUAGCAGUGAGGAAGAGGGAAGUAGUGAUGAGGAGGAGGAGGAUAGUGAGGAGGACGAGGAAGAAAAGAAGGUUGUGAAAAAAGAUGAGAGCAGUGAGGAGGAGGAGAGUAGCGAUGAGGAGGAAAGUGAAGAGGAGGAAGAGGAAGAGAAGAAAGUUGUGAAGGAGGAGAGCAGUGAGGAAGAGGAGAGUAGUGAGGAGGAGGAGGAGAGUGGGGAGGAGGAAGAGGAAGUUAAGAAGGUUGUGAAAAAGAAAGAGAGCAGUGAGGAGGAGGAGAGUAGUGAUGAGGAGGAGGAGAGUAGUGAGGAGGAGGAGGCAAGUGAGGAAGAGGAAGAGGAAGUUAAGAAGGUUGUGAAAAAGAAAGAGAGCAGCGAGGAGGAGGAGAGUAGUGAUGAGGAGGAGAGUGAGGAGGAGGAGGAGGAGGAGAGUGAGGAGGAGGAAAAAGAAGAUAAGAAAGAGAGCAGUGAAGAAGAGGAGAGUAGUGAUGAGGAGGAGGAGAGUGAGGAGGAGGAGGAGGAGGAGAGUGAGGAGGAGGAAGAGGAAGUUCAGAAAGUGGUGAAAAAGGAAGAGAGCAGUGAGGAGGAGGAGAGUAGUGAGGAGGAGGAGGAGAGUGAGGAGGAGGAAGAGGAAGUUAAGAAGGUGGUGAAAAAGGAAGAGAGCAGUGAGGAGGAGGAGAGUAGUGAUGAGGAGGAGAGUGAGGAGGAGGAGGAGGAGGAAGUUAAGAAGGUUGUGAAAAAGGCGGAGAGCAAUGAGGAGGAGAGUAGUGAUGAGGAGGAAGAGAGUAGUGAUGAGGAGGAGGAGAGUGAGGAGGAGGAAGAGGAAGUUAAGAAGGUUGUGAAAAAGAAAGAGAGCAGUGAGGAGGAAGAGAGUAGUGAGGAAGAGGAGGAGGAGGAGAGUGAGGAGGAAGAGAAAGCGAGGAAGCCUAAUGUGAAGGAGAUGGAGAAGGAAAAAGGGGGUCGGCAGCAGAAGCAGCAGCAGCAGAAGGAGCAGAAGGAGCAGCAGAAACAGCAGGAGGAGCAGCAGCAGAAUGGAUGGCUGACGACACCUGCCAAGCUCACGUGCAGCAAGUGUGUCUUUGGUGUCACCUCACUGGGAUCAGGGAGCAAGCUGGGCAGCGCUGCAAGAGCACUAUUCCCAUGCCCCUUACUAUUCCACUCCCCACAUAUACGGCUAUGCCCCACCCCACUCUCUAUUCCUCGUGCCUCUUCCAGCGCUGCAAAAGCUCCACUCCCCACCUAUACGGCUAUGCCCCACCACAUUCCCCGGCCCAUGCUCUAUUCCCAUGCCUCUUGCACUCCCCCAUCCUGCUUCAGCGCUGGCAGCGCUGCAAGAGCGCCACUCCCCACUUAUACGGCUAUGCCCCACCCCACACUCUAUUCCCCAUGCCUCUUCCACUGCCCCUUCUCCCCAUCCCCCACCCAGCUCACGGGUAGCAAGAGGGCCUUUGACGCUAUCUCACCGGGAUCGGGCAGCAAGCUGGGCAGCGCUGCAAGAGCGUUCCAGAGAGUCAAGGUGGAGGAGGUGAGUGGGAGGCUGAGGUGCGUGGGAGGCUGA